CUCAGUGGAACUGUGGACGCUGCAUGUGACUCUAAUCAUGGAAAACUCACGGCUUUUCAGGACGCGAUUCGUGCGUGUAGCAUCUGGACUGCCCAUCACUAUGAUUCAUCGCUGCUCGAUGGGAGCUGUCCCAGCAGUCCCCACAGGAAAACAACGAGUAACGAUGGACUUGUUGGCCAAAUUCAGUUACGAGGAUAAGGAGCUACUAAAGCGAAGUUGGACCGUGCUCGGCAAGAACAUAAACGAUACUGCGUACUGUAUAUUCGAUAUGAUAUUCUCACAGAGUCCCGAUACCAAACUGCUUUUCCCUUUCAUGAAAUUUAGAGCUGUAGGGGACAAUAAGCGCUCUAAGGAGAUGGAGUUUCAUGGCCUUAGAUUCAUGCAGGUCCUGGAAUCUGUUGUAAAGGCUAUUGACAAUCCCGCUUCAUUGGAUCCUCUUUGUGAUAAUCUUGGAAGAGUUCAUGGUCGGCUUACGGACUCAAGAGGUUUCAAACCACAUCACUGGGGUGUUUUCAUUGAGUGCACUUUGUUUCACUUUCGAAAAGUGCUGAACUUGGAUAAUUACUUCAACAACAUGAUCACGCUUGACCGGGCCAUUAUUAUAUGGAGGACAGUGCUGCGAGUGCUCAUCAAACGAAUGAAGGUUGGUUUGGCAACUGAUCUCAGAAACCGCCAGGCUAAUAAAGAUGCCGAAGAGGGUGGGUCAACAUCAGGACAAAGCUCUCCCGUGGCCGAUCCAAAUAUUCGUAAUUUGAACAGUGACUUCGCAAAGAAAAUUCUGGGCACCAAUGUUAGUACUCGCAACCAACCGAACCAAGUUGGACGUACGAUAAACAUACGUCGUUGA